AUGCCACCGCGUGCAAAGCGCAAAACUGCGCGUAAAUCCAAUCUCGAGUCCCAAGACAAUUCUGACUAUGGCGAUUCGCCUUCACGGCCAACAAACAAAAAGAGAAAAGUGCGGCCCUUUAGACGCGUCGCUGAUCAUGAUGUUAAUGUCUCACAGGUCAAUGGUCGAUCAUCCCCAGCUCCACGCCCGAUAACCCCGUCCUCUGAGCUCGAGACGCGGGACACGGAUGAGACCAAUGACGAAGGCGACACGCUCACCGAAGCUGAGCUCGUUGAGCAGGUCAUAGCAUCCCUCGCGCAGGCCAAAGAUCCCAUCUUGGCCGCACGUCUUUUCGCCAACGAGAAUCAGCAAGAUGAGAACAAGAUCAAGGCUUUCGCCAAGCUUGCGGGUCGUGACUGGACCUACUUUGUCAACGACCAAUCCAUCAACAUCGGCCGUGAACCUGAUGAUAGAACGACUCCUCACGCGACAUAUACAGGCGCCUCAAGUCCAGUAUCGGAAUCGACAAACCCUAUACCAGUCCACAUCGACCUGGGUCCAAGCAAGAUCAUUUCUCGCCUGCACGCCGCCAUCUUCUACGAUCACGAAUACCCUGAAGGAGGCGGCUGGCACAUCCGAGUCAACGGGAGGAACCAUUGUCGUGUCAACAAUGUCUUGCUCCAAAAGGAGAAACGCGCGCACAUUACUUCUGGUACCGUCCUUGAGAUCGGGGGCACGCAGAUGAUGUUCGUCACACCCAACGACCCGGUCAAGAUUGAUCAGUACUUCAUAGACAACAUGCGUAAGCAAAACGCAACAGACGCACCACGGGCCCACCCUGGCCUGUUCUCAGAUAGACCAGAACUUCCCCCGCCUGCUGUUGGUCCAGGCUAUCAGCAUCUGGCACCUGCUCCUCCACCACAGAUCAAGCAACAACGGGCAUCAACGCCGCCUGCCCAGCAAUAUGACUCCAGAGCCCAGAGGACAGUUUUCGACACAAAGACUGCCGUGUCACCAAUGUAUGGUCGUGGUAUGAUGAUGGAGAGCACACAAGAGAUCGACUACGCCCGGCAGUCUGCCAAAGACCUCAAGCCACCGUUCAGCUACGCGACCAUGAUUGCUCAGGCAAUCUUCUCGACCGAAGAAGAGAAAAUGACCCUGGCGAAUAUCUACUCUUUCAUCUCCGAUAAAUAUGCCUUCUAUCGCCAUUCCAACAGCAAGGGCAUGAAAUGGAUGAUCGCCCCGGAACACCGUCAAGAAUACUGGAAGAAGCAAGCCAAAAGGCAUGGCGGCUCCGCGCCAUCAUCGCCCGCUUCCAGUAAGGAGGUGAACCCAAACUUCCGUGGCCCCAACGGGCAGAACCUUGGAUACGACACGACCAUGGUGACCUCUUUCUCCGCUAAGGAUAAAGCCAAUGGUCCUCCACAUGGCGGUACAAAGCUGAAUUUGCAGCCUCCGCCGCCGGUCAACAGUCUUUCCCAGUUCGCGCCCGUCCCUAACUUGGCUCCACCAACACAGACUCAGCUAGAGACAACAACACCACAACGCCGGCGUCACGACACUGGUGCCACUCUGCCUGAGUCCAUUUUCGACGAAUCGCCUCUACCAGAUCGUAGUCGCCCGUCACCUCACCCUAAUGGUCCACCUGUUUACACCCUUCCAUCAUCAGUUCCUCCUCUACAUCGAGAGCCUGCAAACCCUACACUCUCCUCCUCCUACCUCGACACACCUCUCCAUCCCUCCCAGCGGUCGUCUCUCCGUACACCCGCUCCAAUGCGUCAAGACAUCCGCCUUGCGCCACCCUCUACACUCGUGGCCCCAUCGAAGUUCAUGGCCGAGUCUUCGCCCGUCGGUCCGGGCCUCUUCUGGAGAGGCAUGAUGGGCGAGACUCCUGGCACCGUGCCGCCUGAUCUGAGUCCUGUUAAAGUCGACGAAAACGACCUCCCCAGGAGAUUGAACGGACGACACUCACUCGAAAUCGAGGAUCGACAGAUCAUGAGCAGUAGUCCUCCUCCGAUGGAUAUCAUGGGCAGCCCUAGUAAGGCUGCUCGUGGGAGUCAGAUCCCGAUGACAAGCUCGAGUGCACGGAAGGACAACGAAAACUUCCACGAACGCAGCAGAAGUGCUACUGCAGUGGCACCGUCUCCGGAGCUGCGCUCAAUCACUAAUGCCAAACCGCAGAUCAUACCUCACGCAAGCGUCGCUCUCGUUGAAGAGGACGACGAUGACGAUGGCGACGUGGGCUUUGACCUGGCAAAGGGCUUUGCUCCGAUUGCACGAGGUCUUGGUGCCAGCUUUGGGAGGCGGUAA